AUGGAUCCCAAUCCAUUCCCUCCACCGGCAAGAGGCAAAAGAGGCAAAAGGGGAAUCAAUCCCUUUGCCAAUAAUGACAGGAACAGACCGGGGGUAAACUGGAGGAAUCAUCCAGAUUUUGAAGAAGAGGAAGAACACAAGGAGGAAGUUCUGCCCAGGUCAUACAGGAUGGAGCACAGGAUUGACCACACCCAGCUAGAACAGGGACGAAAUCUACACCCUGUCAACGCUUUGAAUGACAUGGGGGCAUCACAGAGAAUGAUCAGGGAGAUGAUGGAGCUAGAAGCCAGAAGAGGAGAAAGGCCUACCUACAGAAAGCCAUAUCCAGCUUACAUUGAUAAGAUACCUCUGUCCCCGAGUUUCAAGGUCCCAAACUUUACCUUGUUCAACGGAGAAGAUCCCCAUGCUUCAUCAAUUGAGCACAUAGGUAGGUUCUCUGUCCAGUGCAUAGCCAUAGAAAAUAACCCUCUGUUAAAGCUAAGGCUUUUUGGGAAUUCUCUCUCUAGACAAGAUUUCACCUAG